AUGGUGGCGGCGCCUAAGGGCGCCCUGCUUGCUCUCCUUCUUGCCGUCCUCCUCGCCGCCGGGCUGGCAGCCGCGAGCAGCUCAAGAGCUCAUGGGCAGCUGGUGAGUGUGAGCCAGCCUGGGGUGUGUCGCUAUGGUUCUAGAUUGGAUUGCUGUUAUGGCUGGAAAAAGAACAAGGGCCACUGUGAAGCUGUCUGUGGGCAUGGCUGCAAGUAUGGCGAGUGCGUGGGACCAAACAAAUGCAAAUGUUUCCCUGGAUUUACAGGGAAAAGCUGUAAUCAAGAUCUGAAUGAAUGUGGACUGAAACCACGACCCUGUGAACACAGAUGUAUGAAUACACAUGGCAGCUACAAGUGCUAUUGUCUCAACGGGUACAUGCUCAUGCCAGAUGGCACAUGUGCAAGUUCUAGGACAUGUGCCAUGGUCAAUUGCCAGUAUGGAUGUGAAGAAGCCAAAGGACAGGUGCGGUGUCUUUGUCCAUCAGGUGGCCUUCAGCUGGGACCAGACGGAAGGACAUGCAUUGACAUUGAUGAAUGUUCUUCUGGCAAAGGUGUCUGCUCUUACAACCGCAGAUGCAUCAACACAUUUGGAAGCUACUACUGCAAGUGCCAGCCUGGUUAUGAACUGAAAGAUGUCAAUGGCCAUUAUGACUGUGUAGAUGUAAAUGAAUGUGUGACAAAUACACACAGGUGUAAUCCCCAUGCAGACUGCCUCAAUACCAAAGGAUCCUUCAAGUGCAAAUGUAAACAAGGCUACCAAGGAAGUGGAUUCAAUUGUGCUGUUAUCCCUGAAAAGUCAGUGAAGGAAAUUGCAAGGAUCUCUGGAACAUCUAAGGACACAAUUAAGAAACUUCUUGCACACAAAAACAGCGUGAAAAAAGAUGAAACAAUCAAGAAUGUGAUUCCAGAAGCAUCUGAGACAUUGCCUUCUAAGACCCACUUACAGUUAUUGGACUAUGGAGAUGGUAUGGGUCUUGGUGAAAGCUACAGUGAGGAAGAGAAAGAAACUGAAGAAGAGGCAGAAGAGUCAGAUGAAGAGUCAGAUGAAGAGGAGAAGGAAGAUUUUGAGAAUCAAACUGACCAUGAGCAAAGCCUUAGAGGAGAUGUCUUUGUACCCAGGCUGAAAGAAGCAGCUGCAUUUGGCCCUUUCCUGGAAAAGAAAAAAGUUCCAGUGUCGAGACCAGAGCAAGAAGUUGACUGCAGUUUCAGUCGAGGGGUCUGUGACUGGAAACAAGAUGCUGAUGAUGACUUUGACUGGAAUCCUGCUGAUCGAGAUGGAGGUGAUGGGUACUACAUGGCAGUCCCAGGUUUUGUGGGGCACAAGGAGGAUAUGGGACGUCUAAAACUGCUCCUCACUGAACUCAGACCCAAGACCAGCUACUGCUUGAUUUUUACGUACCGGCUUGCUGGUGAGAGAGUGGGGAAGCUUCGGGUGUUCCUGACAAACAAAAAACAUGCUCCUGUCUGGGAGCAGGACAAAGGAAAAGAUGAAAGGUGGAGAACUGGAAAAAUAGAGAUAUUUCAGGGGGCUGAAACAACCAACAGUAUCACUUUUGAAUCAGAACGUGGGAAGGGAAAAACUGGAGAAAUUGGAGUGGACAAUGUUAUACUAAUUUCUGGUCACUGUCCAGAGGAUGACUCAUAAUGGACACCUGAAUACAUGGAUCUAGUCCUGUGUUUAAUUUUUGCCAGG